GACAGAGGGAGGCCACUUUUUUAUUGCUAACGAAUAAAAUGUGAAGUAGUUUUAUGCGCUGAGGACAAAGAGCGUCGCGUGUUUCUGUGUCAGUCAUGGAGGAGAUCAGCAGUGUGGCUGUUCUCAAAACGCACUCCUCCACUUCUUCCUCCUCCUCUUCUGAUCCGUCAGCGCUGGAAUCCCCUGCUCAAAGCCAAACCCGGCAGGCCAUCAAGGAAGACACCUCUCAGAUUUUUCAACACAAGCAAGCCCCCAAUUCUCUGAUCCGAGUCAUUGAGAAGCUCAGCAAAAUAGUGGAGAAGCGUCCCCAGCGUAUCUGCAUCUCGGCGGCACAGAAAAGAGUGUUGCAACAGGCCUCUUCUGCACGAGGAGGAGGGGGUGAUGACGGGGCGAAGGGGAGCAGAGGAAGCUCUCCCAUUAAGAAAAUAAAGAGGAACGUCAAGGUGGUGAGAACAGAUGGCAGCACAGCUGACCGGGUCCUUUCUCCACCUGUGUCAGGCGACAGUAACAAUAACGUCACCUCCACUGUAACAGAGAUAUGUGACAACUCAAACAGCAGCAACCAAAAGUGGGCAGUAACAUGCUAUCAGUGCAGCCUUUGUCCAUUUCUCUCCCAAACACUGCCUCUGCUCAAAGAGCACCUGAAGCAGCACAAUGAGCAGAACAGUGAUGUCAUCCUCAUGUGUUCCGAGUGUCGCUUUACCUCCAGAGACCAGGGGCAGCUUGAGGCACAUGUCAGGCUGCACUUCGACAAUGGAGGAAACCUGAAGAGGGAUUACCCUCUGUCGGAUACCUAUAGCGAUGGAAAGGAAGAUGUUUUAAGAAACCAGGAUGGGGACCAGAUUGGGAGCAGUGGCAGUACGGGAACCGAGGUCAUCAAAAGUUCAGCGGACAGUUCCAAGGAGCUGCCACAGAAGAAGAAAUGGUACAGCUAUGAGGAGUAUGGAUUGUACCGCUGCCUAAUCUGCAGCUACGUCUGCAGCCAGCAGCGAAUGCUAAAGACCCAUGCCUGGAAGCAUGCUGGUCUUGUCGACUGCUCUUACCCUAUCUUUGAGGAUGACAACGGGUCUCCUGCAAUAAGAGAGUUCAAGGCGGCAGCUAACCCUGCCACGACCAGAGAGGAAAUAGUCGUUUUUUCCCCAGCUCUUCAAGAUAAAGGCCUGCAAAAGCUCCCCACUGGCUUCAAGCUCCAGCUCUGUGUUCCACUGGGUGUCGACAGUAAACAGGAUCUGUUAAAUCAACAUGAUUCUGAUGUUGAUGAAAGUCCAGACACGGCAGAGGAAGAGGAGGAACAUGUGUACCCUCUCAAAGACCUGACCUCCGAGGUGGAAGUGCAGGAGAUGACGGUGGCAGAGACUGAGGUUGAGAUAGAUGGUCACCAUGAUAGUGGCUCUAUCACGGACAGCUUACUGUCGUCAGCCCAGAAGAUUAUCAACAGCGGUCCCAACAGUGCCGGCCGGAUCAACGUGAUUGUAGAACGUCUUCCCUCGGCUGAGGAUUCGGUCAUGGCAACUAACCCACUUCUUCUUCGCCCAGAUGUGGACAGGGACAAGAGCUUACAGGAUGUGGAGGAGCAAGAGCGUGACCACAUUGGAGCUGUGAAGGAGGAGGAGGUCCUUGGCUGGAGUGCAGACUCUGCCGACAGCCCGUCAUUAAUUGCUGAUAUAAAAUCCUCCGUUACCAUAAGUAGCAACUCUCCACGGGAUGAAAAUGUUCCCCCAGCUAUUCGCAAGAGGACACAUUCUGAGUCCCUCCGCCUGCACUCCCUUGCUGCUGAGGCCCUGGUAGCGAUGCCUAUGAGGACCCAUGAGCUCUCCACCUCCAGCCUCAAAGCACCAGACGUGGAAACGACGGCAGCUCUAAUGGACUUGGAUCUUCAUAGGGAGGACAGUGAGGAAGAAGAGUUGGGGCCCCUGGGACUCAGGGAGGGAGACGAGGAGGGGCCUACCACUAAAACUGGCAUUAGCCUGUCGCUGCUCACUGUCAUUGAAAGACUCAGAGAGCGCUCGGACCAGAAUGCCUCUGAUGAAGAUAUCUUAAAAGAGCUUCAGGACAACGCACAGUUCCACAACGGGGCCGUGGCCAGUGUGGUCACAGGCAGCGGAGCUGGGAGUUACACGUGUGCCAUUCCAAGAAUGGAUGUGUCGGUGGCUUCUCCUGAUGGUGGUCUGGUGGACUACAUCCCCGGCAGUGAAAGGCCAUACAGAUGCCGCCUGUGUCGCUACAGUAGCAGCAACAAGGGCUACAUCAAACACCACCUGCGGGUUCACAGGCAGAGGCAGCCGUAUCAGUGUCCCAUCUGUGAUCACAUAGCCGCAGACAGCAUGGACCUGGAGAGCCAUAUGAUCCACCACUGCAAGACCAGGAUGUACCGGUGCAAGCAGUGCCCAGAUGCCUUCCACUAUAAGAGUCAGUUAAGAAACCAUGAAAGAGAGCACCACAGCUUCAGCAGCGACAUGGCAGCCUUCACAGCCGUCACUGAAGCUGCAGCCGCAGUGGAGGAAGCUGCGCGAGAAACAGACCACGAUUGUGCAAAGCAGAAGAUGUACAAAUGUGAUGUGUGCGACUACACCAGCUCCACAUAUGUCGGGGUGAGAAACCACAGAAGGAUUCAUAACUCUGACAAGCCUUAUCGGUGCUGUAGCUGUGACUUUGCCACCACCAACAUGAACAGUUUGAAGAGCCACAUGAGGAGGCACCCUCAGGAGCACCAAGCUGUGCAGCUUCUGGAGCAGUACAGGUGCUCUCUGUGUGGCUAUGUGUGCAGUCACCCACCUUCACUCAAGUCGCACAUGUGGAAGCAUGCCGGAGACCAGAAUUACAACUACGAGCAAGUCAACCAAGCCAUUAACGAGGCCAUCUCCCAGAGCAGCCGAACUCCUCAGAAGUUGUCUGCAGUUCCGGAAUCAGUGGCGGACCACCCUGCGGUGGCCCAUUCCUCAAAGGACAGAGUUAAGGCCCCCGUGGAACAGAUAACACCCACAAUGACAACAACAGCAGUUGAUCCAGCAACAGACAGCUCGAUUGGCCUCAAUACACCCACCACAGACCCCUCACAGUGGUCAGCUGAAUCCCCAAGUCCCCCUGAUAGUGACCCUGCACAGAUCCACUCUCAGUCCCAGAGCCAGCCUGUUGGCCAGACCCCCGUCCCGGGCCCCAGCAUGGAGUACUGCGUGCUCCUAUUCUGUUGCUGCAUCUGUGGCUAUGAGUCCACCAGUAAAGAGCGGCUAAUGGAGCACAUGAAGGAGCACGAGGGAGACAUCAUCAGCAUCAUCCUCAACAAGGAGCAGCAGCAGCAAGCUGGAGUACAACCAAGCCUCCAGACAGCAGAGUGAGACCUGUCCUUCUCUACUUUUCUCUAUAUCAACCCUGACCCUGUGCUCUUACAAGUAUCUGCCUCACAUAGAACUGUUUCAUUAUAUUUCUUUACCUCAAGGUGGCUGUGGGUUGGAGGUUUAACCGUUUCAUGUCUACCACACCCUCAUAGUCUACUGCCAUUUCUCAGCAUGUAGGUGGGUGAUAAAGGCUACAUCCAUGCUACUGCAUUUUCAUUAUAUACCUGGUGUCCACACUACUCCAGAGUUUCAGAGCAGCUAUAACAGGGAUGUUUGGAGAAGUGUUUGAGUCUGGACAGGCAGUAAUAGAGAUGUUUCAAAACUUGAAGAAAACAAAAUGGAAACUUAUUUCAGUUUAGUUUUUUUCAAACUAAAACAUAGCAGUAUGGAUGUAGCCAAUGGACUGAAGUAGCUUGGUCCAAUACACACACCUUGAACAGGUGUGGAGAAAUAUGAUGAAAAGGUUUUCUCUGUGGCAUAUCCUUUAAAAGGAAUGUUAAAUAAAACAUAGAACAACGCUUAUAAGCCGCUAAUAUUUGUAUCAAAUAAUUUGACAUGAGUGACAUAAAUAGGUCUUUAGGGAAGCAACGUUGAUUUCAAGGGACAAACCCGAGCUUUAGCCCAAGUUUUUUUCACUAUACAGGGACAAGUUCAUACCUCACAAAACCACACAAUCCCUCAGCAGGAAUGGAGAAAAGAGAAGAUGACAUUUUUUCCAGUCUAAUUCAUAUAUUGACUACAAGGCAGCUCUUUUAUUGCUACUGUAAUAUUUAAUGUAUUUAAUUCGACACAGCCGUGGCUCUAGACUUUUUUUAGGAGGUACAUGUGCAAACUUACCAAUGCCUAAGGGCACACAUCAGAGCUUGAAUAUGAUAUAGUAUCAGAUUUUUAUGCACGUUAGUUUCCGUUCUGCCCAUUUCAAGAGGCAAAUGUUUCUUAUUUGUUAUUUGCAUUAUACAUAUUUUUGUAUGAGUGACUGUAAUUUUACUGUGGGUUUGUAGAGUAGCGUCUUUAGAGGAGAAUGUAAUUGCUCUCAGUGGUGAUGUCGAGGAUGAUCUAGUGCAAAGUAGAAACAGGUGGAGGAUGAGCAAAGUCUUCUGGCCGCAGAUGUUUGGUUUUGAUUAAAAGGAAUGAUUUAAAAGGGAAGUUAGCACAGGUGGGUGUUUGGUGCCUAGACACUUGAGAGCAAGAAUAUGUGGUAUUGAAUCAAACCCACCUUUUUUCACUUACAAUUGCGGUGCUAUGCACACUAGCGUUUAGUCAAGGUCUUUUUCAUGGCCCAUGACAUUUAUGGUGUAUAUAACAUUUGUAUUAUAAUAUUUUUUGUCAGUGUUUAAAAAAUAUAUAAACUUUUACACAUACAACUUUUUAGUGGCCAAAGUACACAAGAAUACGUGGAUGUGAAAAUCCCAUGCGACUGAAUCAUUAUCUGUGAUAUAACGACUCUCAGCUCAGCACAGUGUCAUUAUGAUUAAACCUCGACCAAUGUAGGCUUCAUGUUUUCUAUGAUGAUCUGAAUGUCUUCGAUACAGAAACAAGGCAACCAAUGGCUUCUCUAUGAAAGGAUAAAAAUGUAACUGAUCACCCAGAAGCAUAUGACAAAUCUUAUUCUGAUAUUAUGAAAAUGAUGUCUUAAUUUGAAAAGAAAAAGGUAAUAAUAUGAGGGGGGGAAAUGAAAUGUAACCCUAGCUUACCAAAGUUCAUUGUUUGUGUCAUACAUGUCAUUGUUUGUUGAGAAACAACAAACAAUGACAUGUUGUAUGAAAUCCUUUUGAGUGUCACACACAUAUAAUUUUAAAUACAGCCUCACAGUCAACCAUUACUACACAUUUCAUCCUCCACAAAAAAGGCAUUUUCUUUUCACACUCUAUUUCUUCCAAGUCCCGAUUCUUAGGACAAUAUGGUGCUGAUGAGCCAAAAUAUGGAGUAUGCUGUAAUUUAAGAAACCUAAAGUAAAGUUUAACUUAACAAUAUGCUCCACAUUCCUCAUUUUAACACAUGCGACAGGCAUCAGCCUGAUAUUCUCCCUUGAAAAUGACAUGCAACUUAAAAUAAUGACUUUUCUAUUCUUGUACAUUUAAGACUGUAUUCUUGUAAUAUUCAACUUAAAUCUAGUAAAUGUUCAACCUUUUCCUUGUAGUUUUAAGACUUUAUUCUCAUAAUAUUAUUUCAGAUUUUCUUUUCACCUUAAGUGGCCCUAAUGCUUGUCGUAGAUACGUGUUCCCCCAAAGUAUGUCUCCCACUUUAAUGUUGAUUCAUGUCAAACUCACUGUGCCAUUCAUCCAGGAUGUAAAGUUAAAAAAGAGAUGUUUUCAUGUGGAUAACCAAGUAGCCUUACAAAAGAAUAAUUCUGUGGCCAAAAAACCCACCAGGGUCACGUCAAAGAUGAAGCUUAGUUUUAAAUCCAACAGUCGGUUCUCCAUCCAUCUAAUGUGCCAUCCAGUUCUGUGUACAGCGCACCAUGUCACAUUAGAGGACCAGUUUGUAGGAUUUAGGGGUAUUAUGUUUUCAUCAGGGAAUAAUCACCUUAAACUAAGAUUUGAUGUGUUUACUUAAGCUUCAAAUGAGAUUUUAUUUCCACACUCAGAGUUUCUACACGAGCCCAGAAUGAACAAACCAUAGAAGGGGCGGGGUAUUCAGUCUGCAUCCUCACCUCUGCUGCUAAACCCUACGCACUUGUCCUGCAAUCAGUUUGCCACCCCCUCCUUCCAUCCACACAGACAGAGGCUGUCGAAAUUAAUAUAAAACGGAAUAUACAUAAUUCAUGCCCAUCCCCCAUCCACCCCACUUCCCCUUACAUAACUUAAAAGUGUGUGUGUGUGGGUAUAACUGCGUGUACAUGUGUGUGUGUGAAGCGUAAAGGGAGAAACUAAAUUAAUCUAAUUUAAUCUGUAUCUCAAAGCCCUUAUACCUGGCCUGGACGUCUCAUUAUCAUACCGGAUAAUUAUUGUCUGGCUUUUAAUUUGUCUGAAUCAAAGGAGACAGUGACGUGUCUGUAUGAAGAAAAAAAUUAAAUCUAAGUGAGGCUUCAGUGUCCCUCCUGUCUGAUUAACAUGACAUGCAUUUUAAUGAGCAGUGAACAUUAAAGACGAGUCAGACCACAGCCACACACAGACGUCCCACGCCCACCGCUCUCCUCUGUUGUUAGGACGCUGCCAUGUAUCUGACCGCUCCUGAUAAUUCACCUCCAAAAGUUGUGGAAAUAAACAACGUGGCUAUUGAUUCUUGCUCACCAGGGACUUUAUAUUCAUGCUUUUGGCGUACCCAGUUCAUUUCUGAGUAGUGCUGCCACUUUAUCAGAAAAAAAGUUUAAAUAUAUAGUGUAUUAACACGUCAUUCUGUCAGAUACAGCAGUUUACAUACACAUACAUUCUAAAUGUCUGUCCUUAUAGAAUUUAUUUUCUGUUCAUUUUUGGUGACCAAGUUACCCCCAGGUGUCUGUUGUAACCAUCCCAGUUUCCAGCCAAACGUCCCGGUCCAGCUGACAAGUUUUGUUCAUGGCUGCAAGAGUUGUGAGAACAGUUUCCUUUGCUAUUGGAGAUUAUCAGCAGGGUUUUGGGCUCACUCCAUUCUGGUUUUACUUUUGGUACAAAUGAAGUGGUUUUGAUAAUCUUUCUUAACUGUUAAGUUUGUUCAUAACUUAUCUAAUUGUGUUUGCUCUCAUGUUGAACUGAGUUGAAUGAAAGUUUAUCAAGCCAUGCAAGUUCGUAAGUUUAAGUAAGCAAGUAAGUAAACUCCUUAUAGCAGUUAAACAGGGCUGAGAAUGUGAUUUUGUUUUUUUUUGUUGUUAUUGACAACAGAUCCUAUCAAAGGACCAAAACCAAGCCUAUAAUGUCUGUAACAACUGGCCAAAACCCAUAUGAACUUUAAUUUUGAAACAAAGUCUGAGGAUUAGCAAAUCUGCAGUAAACUGUGCAUACAUGGACUGUACUUGGAGCACCGAUGAAUAUUGCCAGCUGCAGGAUGCUGUAUGUGAGAUUGACUCAAAGCACACUGCAGUGCAGAUGUUUGUCAUGAUGCAGAGAAAGGUCACCAAAAGCACAGCAGCAUGAUUCAUUGAUGUUUUUCUUUUUUGCUUUAUUUGACUGUAAAGAAAGAGACAGGAAAAAUAGGGAGAGAGGAGUAUGUCGUGUAACAAGAGUCCCCUGGCUACUGAGACGUCUUCACUGAUGGGCUCCUAAAUUGUGAUUUGUGAAUCUGGGCUUUGAUCGAUUGAUAACAGUGGAACUGCUUGGCACAGACCAAAGAGAUGUAUCAGGCUUUGGAUGUGCAAAUAUUACUUGUCUGUAGGAACAAUUUAUUGUGGGUCUUGACAAACCCUAAUAAUACGAGACUUAUCCUUAAAAUUGUAUAUUCAAUUGGAGACAAACUCACUGUACUAAAGUCACAAAAAUGUAAGUAUUUACAUGUGUAUAUAUAUAUUACAAAUUCUAAAAGACUCCACGACUCAGUUUCUUGCUACAAUUACAGAACCAAUCAUCUGGGCCAUAUAAGGUUACAGCAUUGACCUGACUGUCAUAGGAACAAUUGUAUUUUGUUGUGAGUUAUUGUGCCUUUUAGUUCAAAGUAUUAUUUAGGGUGAAGCUGCAAAUUGACCAUAACAAAAUAUCAAUAUUUUGUUUAAGUCAUUCAGUGGGAGAAAAAAUGUAAUCACCUCAGUUUCCCAUCGAUGCAAAUGCACAUUUUUUUAUUUAACGGUUUGGGUGAACAGAGUAUGUGAAGCAGCCAUGUCAUACAUGUAUAACUAAGACAUUUUAGCUUAAAUAUGGGCUGAGACACUUGAUAUGUAUUUUAGGUGUGUACAUAUUGUAGAUGAGCACUGCAGAACCUGAAAACUGACAUUUUUUAAAAGAUAAAAUCUAUUUUUUGAUAAUCUUGUAGAAAGAACUUACAACAACAAAAAACUUUGAAUUGUAAAUUUAAUUUUUGGCUCUGUUCUUAUUUCCUCCCAGUCUGUUUAAGGGAACUUAUGGUUUUAAGCUAAAAGUGGAAAAAUAAGCCACUUGACUUCAAACCAAAGCUGGUGGAAACAUAACAUGUUUGUCCUGAUCAGUGUAUUUUUAAUCUUAUUAAACUUUGUAAUGGGGGGUUGAGCAUGGUAUCGUGUCCAACAGCAGUGUGAGGUUUGCUUCAUGUUUAUUUAUUCUUUAGAACAUCGUAGGCAGUGUCAUGUCACUACUUUGCUAUUGUAUUUUUGGUAAUAAAGACUGAGAAAUUAC